AUGGACGAAAUGGGAUUCCGGAGAAGUGUAAUUGUGGGUCGGCGGUUGAGCUUCGCACCUCCAUGUAGAUCAAGGAAGAAGAUUUUACGUAUGCAAGAGAAGUAUCAUGGGGAAUCUGGACGACAACGAUACGAGGCUUACGUAUAUCACAAUGGACUGAGAAGCUUGUUGAUGAUAUCGAUCGAGAAGCUUAAGGAUGCAGGGAAAAACGUGAAAUUCAUUAAUGCAUGCGGUGGUGGAGUUCAAGAUUGUUGUGGCGGUUGGUGUAGUGGUGAUUGUCAUGGUUUUGAUUAUCGCCUUCUUUAA